AUGCGUUUCUCUAUCUUCACCUUGGUCGCCCUUGUCUCGGCUUCUUCAGCUUCACUUGUUCGCCGAGUCGAUGUCAAUGUUCCGGCCAUGACAAACGCAGAUGGAGUCGUUGUGCCCUUCGACACGGCCGGUGUCGUCCAGCCCGCCAAGAAGCGAGAUCUCGAGCAGAAGAAGAGAGACCUUGCCCAGCGGAAGCGACACAUCUCUCGCAAGAGACGCGCGGUUUCUCAGGAGAAGCAGCAGCAGCAGCAGAAGCAAUGA